GUGUGUGACGAAAUCUUAACAUGAUUAGAACUGAAUUUACGCACUGACAGGGUUCCUGUAAGUUUUAAGUAUUAAGGCAACAGCUGCAGCACUUCCUAUUAGUGGAAAAAGCAAAUGACUUUUUUCUUUAAAGGAUGUUUGCUUAAAAGGCUGAAGGAGAAAACUGCUGCCUUUCUGAAGGAACAUGUGUACCAAGGUGAGUACCAGAAAAUAUAAAUGGAUUUGAGGCAUCUGAUGCCAGGAUGGGAUUGUAUAGGGUAACAAUUCGAGAACUAUAGUGGAAGAAUGUAAUCUAAUAAUCUUUCUUUAUCCUUUUUGUAUUGGAAUACAUUUAAUUUCUUGGUGGGAUGGAGUGAUUGUGGCAAGAUAAUAGUCAAAAGUAUUGGUGAUUCUCUUGUUCCAAUCAGAGCUUGGAAACAUUACCUUUUGGGCGAUGGUCCCUAGAAUCCCCAAGCUAGCAUACUCAAAGGUCAUGUUGACCUGAGAGCUGUAGUAAAAAAAAUAACAUUUCCAAAUUCUGGUUUAAACUAAUUUAGUGGUGGCUUGGUUUUGGAUAAUUGGGUCUUUUAUAGCCUCUUCCAACAUGUAAAUGGCUGCAGAAAUUAUUUUGAAGGAACAGAACUGAGCUAAAUAGCAACCUUUUCCCAUUUGCUUUCUGCCUUUUUAUCAUGUCAAAAGCGAAUUGAGACAAGUUGCCUCUAGUGUGAGAGAAUCAGCCGUCUUCAAAGACGUUGCCCAGGGGAUGCCGGGAUGUGUUACCAACCUGCGGGGGGGCUUCUCUCAUGUCUCCACCUGGGAAGCUAGGGCUGACAAACGGGAGCUCACACCAUCUCAUGGAUUCAAACCACCAACCUUCAAGUCAGCAGUUCAGCCGACAGAAGGAUUUAAUCCAUUGUGCCACUGUGGCUUUUUUGCUUUCUGUUUAAAUUUGAGAAAGAAAGAAGAUCUCACUGUUUUGUGGUAUUUGACCAAGAAGCUUUAUAGGUGUUCGCAACAUCUGCAUCUGCGGAACCUCAUUGGCUCCACAGAAGCAUUAUUGUGUAUGGAUUUAAGGAUCUUUGAGGUGGUAUAAUUCACAUGGCAAGUGGCUUUGAUUGGCUAGAGACAUGUGAUGGAAUGAUGACUAUAAAAUGUUAUGGCCAAGGCUAUUCCGUGGAAAACUGGUUUUGUGAGGGGGGAAACGAGGAAAGGAUUGGAUAAUAAAAUUAGGGAUAUGUUUUUCUUUGCAGUGGACUUGUUGCCCAUUGCAACAUUCUCUAUAUACAAAAAACAGAGUAGUUUAAACUUUAUCUGGAAAAGUCCCUAGACGUCUCUGGUGUUGCCCAUUGCUGGCUUGCAUUUUGCAGCACAGCUGCAGUGUCAGCAACGGCCUGCUUGCCAUGAGCCAGAAGUGUAUUGGCACAGCACUGUAGGUCGUAACCCUGCCAGGAUGGCUGGUUUUAAAAAAGAAAAACAGUUCCAGGAGAAGUCAAAGCCUGCUUUGUUCUCAAAAUGUUUUAUUUUUGCAGGCUAACCCAAGCAGAGCUCCAUGGAUGAUUAAGCUCUCCUUUCUAGCAGUCCAAACUAUUUGAAAACCCUGGUUUCAACUAAAUCUGGAAUUCAAAGGGGUCACGGUUUCACUUCAUACGUGCUGUAUUUUUACAGAGAUUAUUACUGUACUUCAAUGUCUUUUCUCCCCCAUGACAGACAGAGGAGGAGAUGAAAGUCCAAGCACUGCUUCUUGUGUGGGCAAUUACGAUCCUGUGCUUGGUUUCAUACACUGCAGGAUUUUCCCAUGGGGCCAGUCUUUCGGCUUGUACUGACAUGAGGCCCAAACAUAUCAGAGCUCACCUUCAGAACCCACAAAAUAAAUAUAUUACCAUCCACACCAAUAUGUCUUUUUCCCCGGGUGAUAAAGUACCAGUCACAGUUAGGAGCACACGUGAUUUCAUGGGCUUUAUGCUCCAGGCUCGCAGAGUACUGAAUGAUCAAAUUGCCGGCACUUUUGUGUACAUUCCUCCCGGCUCCAAGCUGUUGACCUGUUUUGAAGAUGGUGACACUGUCACUCAUUCGGACAAGUCACUGAAAAGAAACUUAUCCUUUGUGUGGAAAGCACCAGAUCAGCCCAUUGGAGACAUCAGAUUCUUUUUAUCAGUCGUCCAGUCAUACUUUGUUUACUGGGCACGGAUUGAAUCUUCCACUGUGUCACAACAAACACAAAACAAAACCGCUACAGAAAAUAGGGCAGCCUCUACUGUUGUAAAGCCCAUGCCUUCUCAGGAGCCUAGUGAUCUAAAAGCACCACUUGCUGCAAGCAAAGGUAGGUUCUUCCUCCUCAGUCUAUCUAGCCCCAUUAGACAUGUGCAUACUUCUUUAAAUAUUCUCGGUGUUACAUUGUUAACAUUUGCCUUUUCACUUCUAGAAAGUACUACACUUGACACUCAGGUGUCACCAUUUACACCUAGCAGCCAAACGUGGGUUGCAGCAACAUUGGUUUUCGAUCCAGUUUAUAGCGGACAAGAAGUCUCUGAGCCCCAUGAAAAUGAGAGGCUUCUAUCUCAGUUCCUUGCAGACCUGGUUACUUCACAACCUAACAGCCACAGCGGAAAAAGACCAAUUAAUGGAAGUGACACCAAUGGUGAUCUCACACUGGAAUCAUCACUUCAAUUCCGGGAUCUCAGCUUCAUUGCUCAAAAUUAUUCCUCCAGCAACAGCUCCUACAAUGGGACUGAAAAUAUUUCAGCUGUUCCUGUGUCACUGCUGUGCUUGACAUGUAAGGAAGGCAUGGAGAUACCUUCUGAAAAAGCUGAGACAAGUAUAAGCAAGCCUAUUCCACCCAUUACAGCUUCUGUCUUGAUCCAACUUGGGGAUUCUCCAAUGCUUGCAGACAUGGGGAAGAUACCAGGGGAUUUAUCUAUUGAAGAGGAUUUAGAUGUCCACCAAAUGGCAGAGAAGCAACCAAUGACACAAAAUGCAUCAGCAAAAUUCCUGCCUCAGGCAGAAGUCACGACCUCUCCGCAGGAGGAAAAAGGCAAAACGGAUAUUUCUGGGAACAUCCCUCUGAAGGUAACAAGAAAGGCCAAAGCUACUGUUUCAAGAGGAGGAGGAAGAGGAGGAGGGCCAGAGAAAGAGCCACAGCUGGUAGCUGCUCAACUUGGUGUUCUCCUUGGAUGUUCUGCUGUCCUUGGCAUGGUGUUGGCUAUCACUUUACGGUGCAUCCAUUCCCAGUAUUGUCACAAGCGGACUGAAGUCUCCUUUAGUGAGCCAGACAGCAAUGUCAUUGCACUUCAAGAGAAUGGAGAGAUGAUGCAUUUCAGAAAGAUACGAGAAAACAGCUUUGUCUUGGUACAGGCAGAGUACAACUGGAUCAGCCCAUCAGGCAGUGGGAAAAAAGCUGCAAUCUAGUUUCUAGAGAGCCUCCCGCUUUCCCCCUCACCUGCACUUAUAGGUCAGGUAGCUAGGGUAAAAAUGAGUAAGAACACAGGAGACAAAAAUAGUUGCAUAUAACAAUCUAAGCAAAAAAUACUCAAUGUAUGCAUGUUUUGGUUACAGUACAGAUGCAUCUUAACUACUCUACAGAUGUUUUGAAAUGUAGAUGUUCUUAGUUUCAGAGAUCAUGAAAAUAUGAAUAGACAUUUUGUUCAAAGUGUUAUCUACCCUUAGUGCAAUUAAUAUUGCAUACCUGCUCAUUAAAUGGAGUUGUUGUAGCCAUUACAUUUCCUUUGUUGCCUUAAGGUGCCAUCAGAAAUAGAAAUCCUUCUUCUGCAAUUGUGCGUCACCUCCUAUUUAGUCUCAGUGAAAAAAGUUUCUGCUUCUCUCGUUCUUCUUUUUCAGACAAACAGAAGCUCUUAUCCUACUUCUCACUUAGGUUGUGAUGUCUUUGGUUUGGUGUGUGAUAUUUCUCAAAUCGGUCAAAUGUUUGCCACUUCAGCUAACUUUUCUCUUUUACAAAGCAGAAUAGAACAACACUGGCAAGUUUUUUUUAAAAAAAAUUGAUCAUAGGAUGCAAACACUGGCUGACUGUAUUGUGAAUUGAUCUGUAGGAAGGAAACAAAGACACAGCCAGUGCCACCUUUUGGGAGAGGACAUGGGUCCCCAUCAGGUGUAAAUGGAGAGAAAGCUUCUCUAGCCAUUUGCACCUUGAUAAGUUGGCUUGUUUAAUCCUCACAGCCAGCAUUUGCUUUGUUUUUUACUUUGGGUCACUUCGAUACAGCUAUUGGAAGGAAAAAAAUGUUUAUUGAAAAGCCGCGUGACCUAAGAUCAGUUUGAUAAAGACCAGAAGUGGCCCUGUCACAACUUUUGCAGCAUUUUAGCACUCUGCAAUGUUACAAGGAAACUUUCUUUUUGAGGACAUGUUAUAGAAAGCUACUUCAAUGGCCUUGGCUCAGUAUGACAUAAUGUAAAAAAAAAUCCAGUUUGUUCAUGGAAGGUUGUUUACCUUUAUGCUUUGAAUAAGCUCCAUAUAUGCUAGUAGUAUAUAUGAUGAACCUGUUUUCUGUUCUUUAGAUUGGCAAAAUGAAACUAUUAACUCUUAAAGAGGAAAAUGGUAAUACAUUUAGGGUAAUCUAUGGAAUUGUCAACAGGCGACUUGAAAGCACAUACACACACAUGCAGGAGAUCAUACAGUUGGAAAAGACCGCAAGGGCCAUCAAGCACAAACCCCUGCAAACAGGAAUACACAGUCAAAGCAUUGGCUUUUUAAACUGCCUUACUGUUGACUCAUGUUUAGUUUAUGGUCUACUAAGACUCCUAGAUCCCUUUCACAUAUACUUGCUAAUAACUUCAAUUUUCUUGAGAUAUGUUGUGUCCCCAUAUAUUUUUCUAUUACAGUUUAUGUAUAUGUCAUUCUACCUCAUCACACAAGGAGAAAUUGGCAUCCUAGCACGCUGCCAAGAUGCCUCCUCGGAGCCCACCAGAUGCCAUCACACAACAUACGGUAACUGCCAUUGGGGCUUCGUGGAGGAAGCGUCCUGACAUCAUGGCAGGGCGCUUCCCCUGGAACAUGGGAGGACAGAGGAUAGGGAAGAAUGUGGGUCUGAGUGGGCAUAAAAGAUUUCUUGGCCAGAGGAUUAGUUAAAAGGGUUAUGCCUGUGUAUACUUAAAUAAGUUUGUUCUCUUGAUCUGAUCUCCCAAAUCCUGAUGGAAACCUUACUCACCUACACUCCUACUACAUAUCACCAUGCAGCUGAUGCCCACCCCCUAAUAUUGUCACAAUUGUGAAUAUGGAACAGGUAGCUAGAUUUACUCAUCCAUAACUGUUUUGCAUUCACAAUCAUGACUUAGUGAAGCAAGGUUCCAUUGAAGUUAGGGUCAUAGAAGUGUUACAAUACGGACUGCAGCUAUCAUGCUACUUUCUCCACAGUCUUAACUUAUUAACUUAUCCACCUUUCGAUCUCCAUAUGCAACACUCGUAAGAGCAAAUCUUUUAAUCCAAAUGAAGUAAAACUAUAUUGAGAAUUUAAACUCAAAGUGUAAGAUACUGCAUCUUGCCUAGAUUAUUCUUAGUAACAGAAUUAUAGAUUUUGGUCCCUAUAAGAGAUUCCACCUUUAGAGGGAAAUGGACAAAUAAACCAGCAAAAUUUGAGAACACAUUCCUUUGGAAGCUAACUAUUCCAAAACCUUGCAUGGAAAACAAUUCAAGUCAUUAAUAAAUUGCUAGUAGUAUUGUGAAGGGCAAAUAAGUACAAAGUUUACAAAAAAGAAAGGGCUGAUGAAAAUACACAUUUAGUGGGAUAAUUUAGAUUUGAUUAUUGAUUCAUAGGAAAAGUGAUGGAUUCAGCUAUCAAUCUAUCAUCUAUAUCUAUCUAUCUAUUUUUAAUGCUUGGUAAAGACAGGGUGGGGGGAAAACGUGGUUUCAAUUGAGCUUUUCUCCUCUAGGUUAAUAGAAAAAAACUUUGUGUAACCCACAAUAGUUCUGUUGCUUAAUUUUAAAAGCUGCCUAUAUUCAAUGCAUUGUUAAUGCAAUCCUUAAUUAACUGAGAAAAUAGGUCAACAAGCUGGUAAAUAUUUAAACAACUAUCACAUUUCAUUUAAAAAGUUUGCUAUGAUGGCUUAGCAGUUUAUGAAUAAAUUACUAAUUCUUAUGUCCUCCUGCAGUAUUUCUCUGUCUGUCUGUGUUUAAUAAUACUAGAUUGUUAUCACUUGGGAUUCUUUUUUCGCUUUUAAAAAAAGAAGCCAUCAGCAUUGCUUGUUCCCAUCUUAAAUAGAGAAGGAAAGACACGGAACCUGAUCAGGCUGGUUCUCUUAUAGUUUGCUCAGGCAUGUCAUGUAACACCCAUAUUGUGCUAAUCUAGGCGUCUCUGAGGACUAUUCAGUGGCCUAGGAGUUUAGCAAAGAGGGGGCAAAACUGCAAUUAGUGCUUGCCCAGAUGAAAAAAAAGACUGUUUCCCAUUUUUUCAUGGAGCCACUCACUCACCAACAGACCAUCUUCUUGCUCUUUGUUUUGUUAACUAAACUUUCUGUUUAGGUGGGUUUUAAAAAAACAAACAAAAAAAACAAGGCAGCAGUUUUCUGCACAAAAUAACAUACGUACCCCAAAGGAAGUAGAUGCUUCAAAGGGUUGGAUUUUUGGGACUGGACUAAGAACCCUACUUCCUUUCAAGGUACCAUUGGAUGGCAUGCAUGUGUUGCAGCAAUCUUGAAAGUAAGCAAGUGUUCAUCUGGUUGGUACCUGGGAGAUUUUAUGUAUGUUCCUUUGAAGACUUAAUGGUAGAAAGCUAGAGGCUCAUGGAAAACUCUGUAUUCAUAGAGUAAUCUCACUGGCAGGAGACAAAUGGGCCAUUCAGGUGGAGUGCCAGGUACAUGUUUGGAGAUGCAGAAACCUUUCUUUAAAAACAAUUAAGGACUUAAUAUAUUUAUGCAGUAGAGUCUCACUAAUCCAAGCCUCGCUUAUCCAAGCCUCUGGAUAAUCCAAGCCAUUUUUGUAGUCAAUGUUUUCAAUAUAUCAUGAUAUUUUGGUGCUAAAUUCGUAAAUACAGUAAUUACAUCAUAACAUUACUGUGUAUUGAACUACCUUUUCUGUCCAAUUUGUUUUAUAACAGGAUGUUUUGGUGCUUAAUUUGUAAAAUCAUAACCUAAUUUGAUGUUUAAUAGGCUUUUCCUUAAUCCCUCCUUAUUAUCCAAGUUAUUCGCUUAUCCAAGCUUCUGCCGGCCUGUUUAGCUUGGAUAAGUGAGACUCUACUGUAUUGCAUCAUUUAUUGUGGGAUUUAAGGUUUUAUAUAAGAGAGUUCUGUGGCAAGGUCCAAAAAAUACUACAGGCAACUUUCAAAUCAAAGAUACAAUUAGAACCUGCAUUAUUUUUAUUGGGAUUGCCAAAUAAACAAAAUCACUAAACUAGAAAGUAGAGUACUACGUGAUAAUUCCAGCAUGGAUAGAGCUGCUCACUCACCAACUGUCCAACAGUUUAAGCAGGCUAAAACAUAUUAACACAAGUUGAGAUGACCUAAUAGCCUGCAACAAUUAACACCUAUGUACACGUACAUUUAAUUCCCAAAGGCUUUAAUAAAGCAUUCCUGACUUGGCACAGGAAUUAAACCAACAUCGGCACCAAUUUCAGUUCACGAAAGCCCACUAGUGAACUUUAGCAAAUUGCUGUAGUUCAGUCUUAGAGGAAAACAACAGCAUAUCACAUCAGAGUCAACUUGAUGGCACAAAUAACAAACAAUUCCAGUCUGAGCUUUGCAAAAGUUGGUGUGCAGGCUACUCUUGGCAGUCGCCUGAGUAGCAAGCAAUUCAUCCUUCUAAUGUAUGGUUUUAAAGAUAACUAAAAUUCAAUAGUGGAAGAUUUUAGUUCUAAGGAAUAGUUUUGAUAUGAAACCAGAGGCUGGGCUAUGUAGGCAUUGGUCUAUUUAAGUUUCACUGGAACUAGUGAGGCAGUUGCAAAUUUUGAAACAGAAAUGACUGUCAUCAUAACUAUGAUCCAAGCACAGUCUAGUAACCAAUCUAUUUGCAACAGCUGUUGGUUACAGAAAAGUGAGUAAGCAAAGGAUGUUGAAGCCAAACAAGCAUCGGAUGAGCUUUUUGAGUGCUCAGAGGAUGAGGAAGGGGAUGAUGGGUUGCAACCUGCAAUUUCUGAAGAAUGUGUGGAAGAUAGCAGAGCCGGAGAGAGAUGUUUUGGAAUCUCCAGACUGUUCCCAGGCAAUGGAAGAAAGUGAUAUCAAUUCCCUUGAGAAUAGGUCUGAGUGGCCUUCAGAGGAGACUGUGGGAAACAAAGGUUUUUCCAGGUCAAGUCACCUUGAAAUUAGGAGGCAGUAUGUAAGACAAAGAUGAACUCAUUUUUCUCUGAGGCAUAGAGGUAAGGAGAGAAAAGGCAGGUGUGUGCGAAGUGAUGUCAUGGGGUGUGUGUGUGUGCGAUGAGGCCUUUUAAGUGGUUUCUGAGCUCUCAGGCCUUUAGUGGGAACAACGUUGUAAAAAGGGGAAACAGCUCUCGGGUUCUAGUCCUAAAUUCCUGGUUCCUGUAUUUCAAGAUUCUUGGUUUGAUUCCUGUUUAUGACUUCAUGUUUUUGGAGGUUUUGCCUUUCUUGUGUUCCUGUUUUCAUGUUGAUUGAUAUAACUUUUGAACAAUAUCCUGCUUAAGAACUCUUUUUUGUGUUAACUCAAGUCUCUGUGGAUUGCUUUUUGAUGCCUUGAUUCGAAAGCUGAUCAACUCUUUAUCUCGCUGGGAAUUACUUUUUUGUACUUUUGGUGCUUCUUUUAUGACUUGUCUUUUUUCUUUUAUACUUAUUCACUAAUAAACUUUUACUUAUUGGAUUAUC